AUGGGCAUCCCAAUCGGCUGGAACGUUUCUCGCGACGAUGCGAAGCAGAAAGACGUGUUGCGCGCCGACGUGACGGGGCAGCGCUCGCCUAUCCGCCGUCGCAUGCGACCCACGAGAUCGCCGAGAUCGCAGAGCGCAUUCGAUACCGACUUCCUCAUUUCUGCUGCACGUGUUUCGCCGCGUCAUGAACUCCCAGUCGCUCGCCCUUCGCAUGCUCGCACGCGCCUGCCCCCUCCACCGGUUCCCGAGGUCUCGAGGUCUGCUUUCCGCGACUCCCCAAGAGAUACCCCCAGUCUGCAGCCCGAAGACGCCAUCUUUCGCCGUAUUCAGAACAAUCUGGAUCGCGAAGCACGUGAGGACGAGAGACGCGCAAGUGCGCACAACGAACGUCCUCUCCCCGCCCUGACACCAAACUUUGCGCCCGCGGCGGCAGCACUCGACGCUGAAAUCGGGAUCCGACAGUUCAGCAGGCAAGAAAUCAGGCACAUCGUGUCGGAGGGAAUGAACUUUGUACGGGCAGAUAUUGAACGGCAGCGAGCACGGAGUUUUCCCAGCGAGCAUUCGGCGCUCAGGGGAGGCAAUAGUGCAGAUGAUGUUGAGGACGAGCAUUCACGUACCGACUACAACGCCGUCAGCUUCCCGCCUCUACGCAGGAUGGGUCGCCGUAACAUUGCCGAUGGGCCUCUGCCGGCCAGCUCCCUGCGCGAGUCCUGGAGCCCAGCCACCACUGUGGAUGGUCUGGGCGACCGCGAGCGCAGCAUCAGUCCUGAGGACGAAGGGUCGCAAUGGGAGACUUUCUACGGCGGCAUCGUUCCAGACACAAUCGCACCAACCGCAGAGUCAUCCUUCGCGUCUGCAGCCGCUUCAGCCUCGUUCUCAAACUCGCACCCCAGCUCGCGCGCUGGUAGUUCCAACACGUCAGCGUCCUCUUCGCGAACACAUCUCACGGUUCCGUCGCGACGACCUUCGCAGCCAGACAACGAGCAAUUCAUGCGCGCCUGCGACACAUCGGACGACGACACUGCCUCAGACACCGAGGCUGAAGAAGAAGCGCCACCUGCAGAUCCAAUCAGGCAGCGCUACAACCCCAUCACACUUCGCCGCAGAAGCCGCCCUUCGUACUUCUCCGACGAGCCUCCGCUCCGCGACACCGAGCGAUACUCCAGGAGAGUCAUGGAGCGCACGCGCGAUGCCAGCGCAUCGCCUCGUGGGCACGACCGGCCUGUGGACGGUCCUGUGGAUUUGGAUGGCCCCGUGGACGCGCCUCUCCCAGCCAGCGACGACGAGAUGCCGAAUUCUCUCAUCCCGAUCAACUCACCAGCGCUUGAUCAGGAGCUACGCGAGGCGCGCUCGCUACUCGAGCGACUGUCGCGGAGGGAGGACGUCAGCGACGACUUCUGGGCCUCUGUCGGUCUGACGCGAUCUUUCGCCGACCGCGUCGAGAGCUUCAACGAGCGCGAGCAGUUGUGA